UGUAUGGUUAUUCAGUUUCUAUCUUCUCUAAUGGCGCUUUCUUCUUGUGCUACUGCUUGUUAUAGAACAAUGACGUCAGAAGCUUUUAAAGAACUAGGUUCCAUUAUUUUUUAUAUGAGUUGGAUGAUCACAUCAGCCGUUGCUUUUUUGGUGUUUUCUAUUGGAAUGUCGUUAUGCGUAAUUAAAGAAGCGCAUCUUGCCAUUCAUCCUUUUCAAUUGGAUGAUGGAUUCACAUUUUAUUCUUUAAGAGGCGUAGUAAACUUUCAAAACAGAUAUGUAAGAACAAGAGAUUUCUUAGGAAACCCCCCACCAUAUACGCGUUAUCCACAAGUGCCAACAACAGCAGAGUCGUCCCAAUCAAUCCAAGGAAAUAACGAUUUUACGCCUCCACCAGAAAUAAAUGAAACAACGCAUUAAACCCUUGUUUUGAGGCAGGAAAAUCAAGAAGGACUGCUUAACAUUUAAUAAUCAAUGAGCUCAAUGCACGUUAAAUGUUUAUUUUAAUAAAAACAGUUACUGUAUACUGAAAGACAAAGAACAAUAAAGAAUUUUCAUCACCAAAAACAGUAAUAAAGCAAACAUUUAAAAAUAAGAGUGAAGC